CCUCCACCGCCAGGGGGCGUGCGCGGCUUCCCGGCGGCGUGGGCCCAUUGGUCGCGGCGGGGAAGCGGGGAGGAGGCCCAGCGGCGAGCUGGCUUCCUCCUGGCCACUCGCGGGGGUGAGGGGAAGCCGGAGGAGCCCGGGAGGAAGCGGAGGAGGGAGCGGGAGGCGGCGGCGUUGGGUCCCGUCGGCCUCCGGCAGGACUGACAGCUGAGAAGCCGGAAGGCAGGCGCGCGCGGCGGAGAGGCGGGCGGGAGGCCGGAGGUUAUUUAAUGAGAAGUGCCAUAGACUGAAAAACGAAACAUGAGGGUAGCAGGUGCUGCAAAGUUGGUGGUAGCCGUGGCAGUAUUUUUACUGACAUUUUAUGUUAUUUCUCAAGUAUUUGAAAUAAAAAUGGAUGCAAGUUUAGGAAAUCUAUUUGCAAGGUCAGCAUUGGACACGGCAGUGCGUUCUACAAAACCUCCCAGAUAUAAAUGUGGAAUCUCAAAAGCUUGCCCUGAGAAGCAUUUUGCUUUUAAAAUGGCAAGUGGAGCAGCCAAUGUGGUGGGACCCAAAAUCUGUCUGGAAGACAAUGUUUUAAUGAGUGGCGUUAAGAAUAACGUUGGAAGAGGGAUCAAUGUUGCCUUGGCAAAUGGAAAAACAGGAGAAGUAUUAGACACCAAAUAUUUUGACAUGUGGGGAGGAGAUGUGGCCCCAUUUAUUGAGUUUCUGAAGUCCAUACAAGAUGGAACAAUAGUCUUAAUGGGAACAUAUGAUGAUGGAGCAACCAAACUCAAUGAUGAGGCACGGCGGCUCAUUGCUGAAUUGGGGAGUACCUCUAUUACUAAUCUUGGUUUUAGAGACAACUGGGUCUUCUGUGGUGGGAAAGGCAUCAAGACGAAAAGCCCCUUUGAACAGCACAUCAAGAACAAUAAGGACACAAACAAGUACGAAGGAUGGCCCGAAGUUGUCGAGAUGGAAGGAUGCAUCCCCCAGAAGCAAGACUGAUGUAGAGGAAGUUGAAGGAGACGCACUUUCAUUAUUAAUGGCAGAGCUGUGACAGAGGAGCUAUGUGUACAUACUUUAAGAGCAUGCAGCCAUCUCGGUGUGUGCAUGAGCAUUAGCCCUUUUGAUAUCAGGAUUAUUUAUUGCUAACGUAAAUAGAUGCCUUUGUAAAUAGUCAUCAUAAUGAGCAAAUCACUGAACCAUUUCUAAGCACAUUUCCAUAAUAAUAGUACAGUGGUUAGACUGCUACAGUAAUGACAUCCUUUAAUUCUAAAAGCAUACCCGAUGGAUAACUGAACCGAUUGUGAAAAAUAUAUUGAUAUGUAUACUGGUUGCUGUGAAAACCUAUCAUGGAAUAAUUUGGAUUUUAGGGAGGAGACUUUGUUUUCUUUUAUACACAUAUAUACAUACACGUAUAUAUGUAUGUAUAUAUGUAUGUAUAUAUAUUGCUUUUUAAUGAUAGUAUCUUUUAAAUUAAAAAGAUAUUUGGCUAGUUGUGUGUGUAAUGUUACUUUACAGUCUGACUCUCUGCUCUUUUUCCUUAAGUCUUUCUCUUCUCUUCCCAAAAAACCUAGAAAUAAAUGAAAACCUGUAUCAGAUAUGUGAAAAGCACAACAGAAUUCUUUUUUUUAAUGUACACAGUAAAAAAGUAAAUAUGUAAAUGUAGAUGGUAUUCAGGACUGUAGUUUGCUGGGUUUCGUGUUAGCGGUGUGAAUAACGACUUCGCAGAAGCUGCUUAGAGUGAGGCUGGGGGUGGCAGCCCCACGGAACUAGGGAAGCUGGCCGCGUCCCUUCCCUGUCCCAACCAGGUAGUGCAGGACAGCCAUGGCAGUAUAUUUAGAGCAACACUGGCAUAGAUUUCCCUCUUGAACUGUUGUCAGCAUUGACCAUGCGGUUUAGAAAAAGGCAUACUUUAAUAUCGCAGUUAUUUUGAUGGUCAACCAAGAAAUAAUUCUGUAUUCACUUCGUCUAACUUCAUAAUAGCAGUUUUGCCUGAAGAUAUAAGGACUUAGAAAAGUCGUAAUUACUGAGUGGAGUGAUACCAUUUAAAAAAUAAUUUUAUUGGACCUCAGAUGACUUCAUACCCAAUUCUACAUAAAAUUUUGUUAACUUAAGAUAUUAACUAAAUGAUUCAAUGUGUGUGUGUGUGUGUGUGUGUGUGUGUGUGUGUCCACAUACACACACACACACACUUUAAGGGCGUUAAAUACCUAUUGUGCAUGAAAUACGUUAAACUGGAACAUAAAUUAAUGAUCAAACUGCUAUUCACAAUAAAAGGCAACACUUAAAUUUUGAAUAUAAUUUUAGAUGACUUGUAUAAAAAAACUAAAGGCAGUAUUUUUAUUUUGCUGUAAGCCAACUUGGAGACUAUUAGCUAUUUCUUAAAUAUUAAUGAGCUUUGGGGUACUGGUUCUUCUCAAACUGAAUGUAAUUCAAGAAUAAAUGCACCUUAUACGUUUAUAGAAUUUUUGUAAACUUUUCAGAUUUCUGGUGCUCAUAUGCAAAAUCACAUUCAGCAUGUAUAUUUUGACAUUUAAAAUACUUCCCUAGAUUAUGUCAAUCAAAAGAAUAGCUCUUUUCCAGUUCCAGGGAUGGUGAAUUGAUGUUGCAUUUUUUGCAUUGUUGGGUGUUGUUGUAUUAUCUGGCCAAAAAACAUACCUACAAAACUUCACAUUAGUGUUUGUCAAGCAUUUAUUGUACUGCUCAACAUGGAACGUUUAAGACAUUCCUAUGCUUAAACACACUGAUAUCCUCAGGAUAUACGUAUAGAAUUUAAGUACCCAGAUGGCAAGACCUCCCUUUCAAGGUGAAAAGUAUAAGAUGGUAGCUUUGUGAAGCUGUGCAGAAUGUCAUAAGGAGGGAUAAAGAUUGGUUCUGUGGCAGUUUCGGUGCAGUUUGCUUUUGUUUCAGUUCACGUAUAGAUGGUGCCAACUUUAGAAGCAAUAAUUUUCCCACGUUUCAUUUUCAGAUCUCUUGUAAAAGUCUGCAUUGUAAAUGUAACAAUGUUCAUUUGAUGUUGAGAAUUUUCUUUAUUAAAAUCAGAAAUUUGGCAUUGA